AUGGCAGAUGGCAACUCAGACUGGAGGCGCGAAGAUGACGAUGAGGGCGAGCAGGAGAUUGACGAAACUAGCUACAAAGCCCAGAAGGAUGCAAUUAUCCUCGCCAUAGAUGUCAGCGAGUCAAUGUUGGAGUCGCCGCCGGUCUCGGCCUCGAGGAAGGCCGAUCGAGACAGCCCGUUGGAAGCGGCCAUGAAGGCCGCCUACCACCUCAUGGAGCAGCGCAUCAUCUCCAAUCCCAAGGACAUGAUGGGAAUCCUUCUUUUUGGAACCGAAAAGACCAAAUUCCAAACGGACGGCAACGGCCGGGGCGGGCUAGGCUACCCGAAUUGCUACCUCUUCACGGACCUCGACGUACCGUCAGCCGACGACGUCAAGGCGCUCAAGUCUCUAGUCGAGGACGGCGAGGACGAGGAUGAGGUUCUCACGCCUUCUGCAGAGGGCGCUUCCAUGUCAAACGUCCUUUUUUGCGCAAAUCAAAUCUUCACAACCAAAGCAGCCAACUUUGGCAGCCGCCGCCUGUUCAUCAUCACAGACAACGAUAACCCGCAUCCCUCUGACAAAGCUGCCGCAUCGGCUGCCGCCGUACGGGCCAAAGACUUGUACGAUCUCGGUGUCACGAUCGAACUCUUCCCGAUAACUAGAGGAGAGGCCACUUUUGAUCUAGCCAAGUUCUACGACGACAUUGUCUACCGCGAUCCCCUGGCUGAAGCCAAUUUGAGCACCAUCUCCGUCUCCAAGUCUGGAGACGGGCUGAGCCUUCUCGGGUCACUAACCUCCAACAUUAAUUCCAAGCAGACACCGAAGCGGGCAUUGUUCUCUAAUCUUCCAUUCGAGAUUGCCCCCGGUCUGCGCAUCUCGGUCAAGGGCUACAACGUUCUGCAUCGUCAGACUCCAGCACGGACAUGCUACAUUUGGCUCGAUGGAGACAAGCCACAGAUUGCCGCCGGCGAAACGACGAGAAUCGCCGAGGACAGCACGCGGACGGUGGAGAAGAGCGAGGUCAAGAAGGCGUACAAAUUUGGCGGAGAGUACGUCUACUUUUCUCCCGAAGAGCAAAAGUCCCUGAGAGACUUUGGUCCGCCCGUGAUCCGAAUCAUCGGGUUCAAGCAGCGAAGUCUCCUCCCGUUCUGGGCCGCCGUGAAAAAGUCAACGUUCAUUUUCCCCAGCGAGGAAGACUACGUUGGCUCAACGCGUGUCUUCACAGCUCUGUGGCAGAAGCUCGUCAAAGACGACAAGGUGGGCUUAGCGUGGUGUGUGGUGCGGGCAAACGCGCAACCGAUGCUCGCGGCCGUCGUGCCGUCCAAGGUACCCUCGGAGGAGGGGUCCGGGACGCCGUACUUGCCGGCCGGCCUUUGGCUAUACCCACUCCCGUUUGCGGAUGACUUGCGAGACAUCAAGCCCCCGGAGAACUUGCAGCGGAGCUCAGAUGAGCUCACGUCGAAGGCAAGGGUCGUUGUACAGCAGCUGCAACUGCCCAAGGGCAUGUACAACCCGGCAAAGUAUCCAAACCCUGCACUGCAAUGGCACUACCAGAUCCUCAAGGCCCUGGCCCUAGAGGAGGAGGUGCCGGACGAGCCAGACGACGCAACGAAGCCCAAGAGCAAGGCAAUGAGCAAGCGAGCAGGCGGUUAUAUGCAAGAAUGGCAUGAGCAGCUGGAGGAAGAAGCCAAGAAGGUGGCGUCGACGAAGGCACUUAAGCGAGAGGCCGACGACGACGGUGAUUCAGAGCGGCCAGCGAAGCAGAGGAAGACGGCCUCGGAGAAACCGAACGCGUCGUCGAUGACGGUUGCACAGCUGAAGGCGGCGGUGGAGAGCGAAGGGAUCGUGAAGAUGACGGUGGCACAGUUGAAGGAUGUGGCCGGCGCCAAAGGACUCAGCACAAGUGGCAAGAAGAUGGAGCUUAUUGAGAGGAUAGAGCAGUGGGUGGAGGAGAACACUUGA